AUGAACAGCGCCCAGCAACGAGCGGUGUCGGCGCUCGCACAGCGAUCCGCAUCUGGACUGGCGCGAGCCGCAGCAUCCUCCAGCAAGGUCACUGAAAAGCCCGACUUCCUCGACCCUACCGACGAUGCCACCUUUCAAUCCCUCAAGAAGCUUCUUUCAGCUCCGUCUACAAGCACGCAGCACCUGAGCCUACUUUCUGACAGCACGCUCUACGGAAGCAUCACCUACUACCUCAGCAAAUUGGAGCUCGAGCAUGUGGCCGAAUUCGCCGGCGUCAUUAGCUCCAGCGGCUGCCUCUGGACGCCUCCCCCUCCAGCGAACAAGCCUCCCUCAGCGGCGUCUGGCGCCGACAAGAAAGUGACAUGGACUACCGAGCCUGGAUCCUCUUCCAACACAAUCGACAAGGCUGCCCCUGGUGGCGCGGGCAAACCUCAUCCGACAGGCACUCCGCCGGGUGCACCCAGCUCGCUGAGCACCUUUUUGAUUUCACGGUCCACCAACAUCUCGCAAGCCGUAGCUGCGGCGCUCACAAAGCGAGUCGAUCUCAUCGUGCGGUCCAAGAAGAAUUCGACCGGCUGGGCAGCUCGCUCCGCGCUGUCGCACUACCUCAGCGCCAUCAUCCAAGGCAUGGACGAUGCGGAACAGGUAGGCACACCAGAGUCUUGUCGAGCAGCAAAGGGUCUGCCGAUCCCCCGCUUCGCCGUCAUCGGAGGUCUGCUCAACGCUCUCUACUCGCUGAAAGAUCAGAAGAAGCGCACGAGGGACAUGUCGAUCCUUGAAGAGAUGGCUGCGCUGCGUGCGAACCCUGUGCUCGGUCUCAGCGUCCGUCGUCACCUCAGCACGGUCGAAGACGAAUGGAUCGUGACACUUGCAGAGAUUCUCGACCAUCUCCAUGGACACACGGCGUCCGCCGGAGAAAGCGUCUCAGCUGCAACUGGCAGCAACGAUGACGAUCAGCACAUCGACGAAUGGGAGGCUGAGUUCCGCAAACGCACCGCAGCCGUGGCAGGCCCCGCAAGCAUCACCUCGUUCGGCUCUAGACAGGCUUUGAGAGCCGCGCUCAGCGAUGUCCGCGACGUGCCUCUGUACAUGGCAGCGCAACUGGCACCCUUCGUGCCUGACCGCAAGAUCCAUGCUCUCGACCCGGUCCAGCUGACAUCGGCAACGAGCGAUGCCAUCCUCUCGCUCUUCGAAGGUCCAGAUCGCACUUCGUUCCUCUCCUUUCUCGCACAAGACGUUCACACGCAGACGUGCGGUAGCGAUGAGCAAGUACAAAUCACCGUCGACGCAAGCGGCGACACCGCCAAGGUGCUUCAGAGCAUCCUCGACUCGACGCUCUUCCCGCUGCUCGGACCGCUAUCCAAGCUCAUGUCGCGGGCGCUCGCCAAGGCAGUCACCUCGCUGACCCCCGACGAGCUCUCUUCCCUCCUGCUCGGCACAGCCGACACCGCGCUCGUCCCGCAAGGCGGCGAAGCCGAGUUCUUCCCUCUCCUCGUGCGCAUGUCCCGCCUCUCCUCUCGGCUCGAAGCCUCCUGGCUCGACAGCCCUUUGGUUGGCGCGACCGAGGACCAGAUCGUCGACUCCAGCCGCGCACUCACCAAACAACUCUGGUCCGUCUUCAAAACCCUCCUCUUCAGCUACACCAUGGUGUUCGACUCGAUGAUGGAUGCGCUGGUCGACAUGUGCCCCUCUCCCACGCUUACCAUCCCACCCACGGUCAUCUCCGAAACGGAAGCGCUGGUCGAUUCGUCCCUCGCCUCGCGCCGGUGGCCGUACGCAUCCACGUCGAACCUCCCCGCGCCCUACCUGCUGAUCGUGCAGCACGUCCUCGCGACCUACUCGCACCUGUACUGGAUCACGAGCACGUUCGGCUCGGAUGGCUUCGAUGUGUAUCGCAAGGUGUUCUAUUCUGCGCUGGACGUAAUCGGGCGGGAUGGGGAGGCGUGUAUUCAGCUGCUGGAGCUGAUUUCGCCUCCUUCAAUCGUCACGGGGGAUGUGGAGGGGAACACGGCGAAACGCAGUGCAACAACGUACUUCCUCAACGUGGCAGAGCAACUCAUCCCCGUACUGCCGGAUGCGUUCAUCGAAUCGCUCAUCCUGCCCCUCUGCCGACCGUAUCUCGAGGAUACGCGGUUCAGCGACACGUUCGAAUCGGCUCACUCGGUGGUGUUGGCGCUGUAUUCGGCGCAUAAACGGUGCAUUCUGGAUUUGGCACCCUUCUACGUGCGGUUGCUGAUCGACAGCUUUCCAGCCAGGUUGACGGCGGCCCAGUUCGAGUAUGCCAUGUCGACGGUGGUCGCGGCGAUCAGUGAUCGGAGCGACAGUGUGGCGUGGUGGGUGAUGCGUCAGAUUGCGGAGGAGGUGGAUCACGAGCGGCUCUCCGCGCCGACCGCCACGAUGGGGGGAAAGAUCAUCCAGUCGGGUGGCUUUGCAGAGUCAUCAGGUGCAACAAAGGCGGAUCUGGUCGAAGCGACGGAGAACAGCGACUCUGCUCAUCCCGGCGACGCGCCCGCCUCAACUGACACCACCACAACGCCAACUCACGAGGGUGAGGGAGAGUACGAUCGGCAAACGCACCUCCAAUUGUGCCUCAUCAGCUGCGUGCCUGGCGUCAACCUCGUCCUCCUCCGCUCGGCGCUGCGUCUAGUGGAAGCGUACAUCGUUCAACACCGCAACGCCGAGGGCGGGGGGGAGAGGAUCGCGCUGUGCCAAAAGACCUUUGAUGCGCUGCAGGGGUUGAACGCUGCCACGCGCGAAGAGGGGUUGCGGUGGUGGUUGGACAACCGCGCGCGUUUCGGCGUGUGA